AUGGCAACCGCAACCGCCGAGAAGCCCAAGGAGCAAAAGCCCUUUCAGCAGCAAGAGGACGACUACUCGGACGAUUACGAAUCGGAUGAAUACUCGGUUUCUGGGGACGAAGACGACUAUGCCCCUCAGAAGCCCGGUCAAAAGCAACAGCAGCAGCAGCAGCAACGACGACGGCGUCAACAAAACCAACAAAGACGCCCUGCUGACGAUGAGGACGAUUAUCUGUCCGACGACUAUUCUACAGACGAAUACGACGAUGACUAUGAAGAGGCCGACGACGAGGUGCCGGGCAAUGCGAUGCAGCCCUUCAAGCGGGGCCAGCAGUCAUUGACCAACCAAGGCAUCAGCAGCCAGGACGUGCAAAACGGCGCGAUGAACACCGUCGAUAAGGGCGGCGAGGAGAAAGACGACGGCCUCCGACUGACCCUGGAGUUGAACCUCGAGAUCGAGGUGGAACUGAAGGCGCACAUUCACGGCGACCUGACCCUAUCCUUACUGUAA